AAUUGAAAUAAGAAAAGUGAGUGUAAAACAAAAAAAUCCAAUCAAAUGAUGAUGCUAACAACAGAACACAUCAUGCAUGGCCAUGCCUCAUCGGUUAGUCAAAGUGCAUUGUUUGGUUGUUCUACGGCCGGACAUAGUGGCAUCAAUCAAUUGGGCGGUGUGUAUGUCAACGGUCGACCGCUGCCGGACUCCACACGUCAAAAAAUCGUUGAGCUCGCCCAUUCGGGUGCUCGUCCCUGUGAUAUAUCGCGUAUUCUACAAGUUUCCAAUGGCUGCGUUAGUAAAAUUUUAGGCAGGUAUUAUGAAACUGGGUCAAUUAAGCCACGUGCAAUUGGCGGUUCUAAACCCCGAGUUGCCACCACACCAGUUGUACAAAAAAUAGCAGAUUACAAACGUGAAUGCCCCAGCAUUUUUGCGUGGGAAAUACGAGAUCGAUUGCUGUCGGAACAAGUAUGCAAUAGUGAUAAUAUACCCAGUGUGUCAUCUAUCAACCGCGUUUUAAGAAACUUUGCAUCGCAAAAAGAACAGCAAGCCCAACAGCAAAGUGAAUCAGUUUAUGAAAAGCUACGAAUGUUCAAUGGACAAUCUGGUGGUUGGGCGUGGUAUCCAGGUAACACGACAACUGCUCAUUUAGCCCUACCUCCAACACCUGCCGGCACAAUCUUAACAAGCCAAAUAACGCGCGAAGAACUACUUAAGCGAGAUGUAUUUUCUGGAGAUAUAUCCCAUGCUAAUUCUCAUGAAAGUACCUCAGAUGGAAAUUCCGAACAUAAUUCUUCGGGCGAUGAAGACUCUCAAAUGCGUUUGCGUUUAAAACGUAAAUUACAACGUAAUCGGACAUCAUUUACCAACGAGCAGAUAGAUAGUUUGGAGAAAGAAUUCGAGAGGACUCACUAUCCAGACGUGUUUGCUAGAGAACGGCUGGCAGAAAAAAUAGGUUUACCAGAGGCACGUAUUCAGGUAUGGUUUUCAAAUAGACGUGCAAAAUGGCGUAGAGAAGAAAAGCUGAGAACUCAACGGCGCUCGGCGGACAACAUCGGUCAUAGUGGACGAACAAGUGCCACAAAUCCGAGUGCUACCAACUCGCUUAUAAACAGCGUCAACAAUACAUCAUCAUUAGUCGAAAGCAAUACAUCUAGUCAUACACCCAAUUCAAAUAGUAGUAACACGACAAAUGAUUCAGCACCAGCAACGGCCGCAGCCUCAAGUGUACCUACAAAUAGUACAAACGGAGCACCUAAUAUACCGGAAAACAGUGGCGGUAAUGCCGUUGGCGUUGGCCACGUUAAUUCUGUUAGUCCGCCUUUACAAACAGUCACAUCCAGAUUAUCAUUGAACUCUGGCUUUAAUUCAAUGUAUUCACCGAUAUCCCAGCCAAUCGCAACAAUGGCAGAAACUUACAACUCCAUGACGUCAUCGCUAAGUUCAAUGCCAUCGCCAUGUUUACAACAACGUGAAAGUUACACGUACAUGUUUCAUGAUCCACUUUCUCUGAGCUCACCAUAUGCUGCUCAUACGCGAAACUCAUGUAAUCCAUCAUCUGCUCAUCAACAAACACCACAGCAUAGCGUUUAUGGCAGUAGUUCAAGUGCCGGAGCUAAUAAUUCGGAUAACCAUACAUUUGCCGGCGUCAUUUCCGCUGGAGUAUCUGUACCAGUACAAAUUUCAACACAAAGUAGCAGUGAUUUGGCAGCAGCAAAUUAUUGGCCGCGUCUUCAGUGAUCUACGUUCUUUGAUUUGACACCACAAUUGCUCACAAAGGCUGCUGGUGUGCCUCACAACAACAGCUCCAUAACAGCAACCUCAUCAAUUGUUGUCCCAUCAUCCUGCAGUGCAAACAUUGAUAUAAGUAGUACGAGCGCUACGGCUGCGGCAUCAGUAGCUGUGGCAGCAGCUGCUGUUGCGCUAGAAGCCGCCGCCAGCAUCGCUAAUAGCGAUGCACCACCACAUCCACAUCAAAUCUUAUCGAGUCUAUACGACGAACGUACAUCUUCAUCGCCCCUAAUGUUGCCCAGCCCAAAUCAACAGCAUAUGUCAGCCCAUGCAAAUGAUCUCGAUAACUCCUUGGAACAGGGAUUUUCAAAAACCUUUGAACCAUCUUCGUCUAAGACUGUGGAGCAGCGACUGUCACAACAGAUACAUGUCCAGUAUCAUCACCAUCAUCACUAGAGAUGAGCUAGAUUUCCAUACCUGUGAUUUAAUCACCGUGAUUGAAAAAUCACUGGUGACAACUGUUACUGAAUAUAGAA